UCAAUUAACACAACAAAGUUAAUGGAUAACGAAGAACAUUUCAAUGGAUCAUUCUCAACUCCAUCUUCUCAAGAUUGGAAUUCCGAGCUUCUCAACGAUCAUCAUCUCUCAACGCUUCUUGAUCCAAAUCACAGGCUUCACCAUUGCACACCACAAGCCAAUCAACAGGAAGAGUUGAUGGAAACCCUCAUGAAGUUGCCCGCAAUUGGAUUAAAGCUUCAAAUUUCACCCUCUUUGAUGAAACAAAUGCAACGAAGAACACAAUCCAAAAGGAAGAGGAUAAGCCUUGAACAAGAUAGUGAAAGGUUGAAGGCCUCGACUUUAGGUGCAUUGAUGCUUCAAAUUGGUUCAUGGCAGGUAGUGGCUAGAAAUGAAGGUGACUUGGUGGCGAAGUUCUAUUUUGCAAAGAGGAUGCUCGUGUGGGAGAUUUUGAGAAAUGGGUUGAAAGAAAAAGUUGAAAUUGAAUGGUCAAAUAUUAUAGGAAUCCAAGCUUUCAUGGAAGAAAAUAAACGAGGAAUCUUGGAAGUCGAGCUGCACCAGCCGCCAAAAUUCUACAAAGAAAUCGAACCCGAGCCACGGAAACACACGCAAUGGACCGAUGGAUUAGAUUUUACAGAUGGUCAAGCUUAUGUAAACAGGAGGCAUUGCAUUGUGUUUCCUCCAAGAGUGUUGGACAAACACUAUCAGAAACUAAAAGAUAAGGAUGAGCGUUUGUUCGAGUUGAGCCGAAGGCCAUUUCCCACAUUCAAUUCGCCCUAUUUCCCCUCGGAAGCUGUUUUCAAUCAAUUUUCUCCUAUUCAAUUUGAAGAAAUAUACUUUGUUGAUUACACGCCACAUUUGAACGAGAACGAAACCCACCAAGACCGAAGAAUGGAGCUGAUGAACAAAGUAAACACCAUGAGAAGAUAUGGAAUUGAAGCAUCAGCCAAUUACUACAAUGAGGGAAAGGUAGUGAACAAUGAGUAUGAUCAAGGUUUUUACAAUGCAAAUCCAAAGCCUUCUAUGGUUUGGCUGGCUCAAAAUAGUGAACAUGAGAGCCCUUCAAGUUCAAAGUGGCCACUUUUUUAGUGAUCACACUUAAUCAAAUAAUACCCUUACAAAAAUCUAAAACAAUAGAGAUACAAAAUAAGUAUUAUUUCAGAUAUGUACAAACGGAGAAUGGGUGUGGGAGAACCACCCAAAUGAAAUACAAAAUAACAUUGACGCUCCAGGUUGACACGUGGUAGCACAGCUCCCGAGCACCAACCCACCUUGACCGAUACCUGAAAAAUAAUAGAGGAAAUGGGUGAGUAUAAAAUACUCAAUAAGCAUCUUACCUGUAGGUCCUCAUCGCAUCCUCAAUCUAAUAUGUUUCCACAGGCUUGUUAUAGAGUUCUAAGAAGUUCGAGCCUAGUUGAAGUAUUCCCUGAAUGUUACCUCACACCAGAGUGGUGUCUAUCAUGUGCUAAUCUAUUUGUAUAGUCCCUUGUCUUCUCUCAUAGUGGGUUUCC